UUUCAGUGGCACUAACGCACAAGUUGUAGCCGAAGCGCCAAAAUCAAUCGUAGCCGAUUUGUUUACAGUCACUUUUGAUUCGUGAUCCGAUUUUGGUGGAGGCGACUCCUUACUUGAGGAUGCCUAGGUGCUCUAAAUGAAAGCCUAUAAAUGCUGUUGAAGCAUCUGAGAAGACGCUAUGCAGCCUACUUAAAGAAACUGACAUUUAUUGUCCUUAUUUUGAUUUACUGUGAGGUCAUUAUAUACUACGUUGUCAUCGGGCAAUGUUCUUGGCCUCACUUGAUAAAAAAGGGCAGCUUCGUUGCUCAAGAUGAACCGGAGCCCUUGAAGAUGAUGCUGCUUGCUGACACUCACCUUUUGGGUCCUAAACGUGGCCACUGGUUUGACAAGUUACGCAGGGAAUGGCAGAUGCAUCGUACAUUUCAGACUGCAUUGACGCUGCACCGUCCUGAUGUGGUGGCUUUUCUAGGGGAUGUCUUUGACGAAGGCCAGUGGAGCAAUCGUGAUGAAUUCAGGGUGUACAUGAAACGCUUCUGGGAUCUCUUUUAUGUGCCUUCUCACGUGAAAGUUAUUGUUGCUGUUGGGAACCAUGAUGUUGGUUUUCAUUACAGGAUGCAUGAAUAUUUCGUAGAUCGGUUCGAAGAAAAUUUUAACACUUCAGCCGUGCACUUGACUGCAAUAAGGGGCAACUUAUUUGUGACUAUCAACAGUAUGGCAUUGUAUGGUGACAGCUGCAACUUCUGUGCCCGAGCUAGAAUGGAGUUGGGAAGGAUCAGGCACAGGCUGCGGUGUUCUGAAAGAAAGGAGAAAAGCUGCCGAAAGGAAGACAGACUAGAGACCAGUGGUCGGCCCAUUGUACUUAUGCACUUUCCUUUGUAUAGAAGCUCUGACACUGCUUGUUCAGAACCAGAUGCUGCCUCUGCAGCAGAAAAGGAGCAGUUGUUUCGUGAAAACUGGGAGUGCUUGUCACGAGAGGCAACAUCAAUGCUCCUGGAUAGCUUGAAUCCCCGUGCUGUUUUUACUGGCCACACCCACCAUGGCUGUUUGACGAUGCAUCGUAAGACCAUACCUGAAUGGACACUGCCAUCAAUAAGCUGGAGGAAUAAGCGAAACCCCAGCUUUGCUCUUGCACUUUUUACACCAAAUGACAUGGCAGUGUCGAAGUGCUACAUACCCAAGGAGACAACUGUGAUCUUUUUGUACAUUGCAUCAGUGGUUGUGCUGGUUCUUCUGUCGCUACGGGGUCGAAGAAGAAUCUGGUGAAAUAAACUUUGUCCUUUUUUAGUA